AUGUUCCGUCCCGCCGCUCGAGCGCUCGCCCGCGCGCCCACUGUCGCAGCCCGUACACCAGCGAACAGGCGAUUGAUAAGCACCGGUCCGUCCAAGUCGAGAAGCUGGAAGAACACAAUCUUCCGCUUGGGCUUGGCUGGUGGUGCUGUCUACUACUACAACACUAGCAGUGUUUUCUCCGAGGAGCCGAAGUUCUCCCUUCUCUCUUCGAUCCGCAAACAAAAUGGCGAAGACGCCAAUCCCCAGACCCUUGACUCCAUCACUCCCAAGAUUCGACAAGAACGUGCUGCUGCGCAGGCCCAGAAGAACGAGUCCGCCGCUUUGGAAGGUGGAUUAAACCCCCAGGAGCUCCAGGAGGAGGCUGGUCAGGAGGCCGCAUUCAACCCGGAGACCGGCGAGAUCAACUGGGACUGCCCAUGCCUCGGAGGCAUGGCCCACGGACCCUGCGGAGAGGACUUCAAGGCCGCUUUCAGCUGCUUCGUGUACUCCGAAGAAGAAACUAAGGGCAUUGACUGUAUUGAUAAGUUCAAGGCCAUGCAAGACUGCUUCCGUCAAUACCCCGACGUCUACGGUGCCGAACUCGAAGAUGACGAUGAGCCUCAAGCCGAUGCUCCCGCCCCUUCUGAAAUUCCCCCUACCGCUGCUGAGCUAGAUGCCUCCUCGCACCCCGAUGACAAGCACAGCCGUGCCAAGGACGUCAAUGAGCAGAUGAAGGCCGAGACUGCCCAAGUGGGCGAGAACCCCGAGGGCGAUUCCCUCAUUCCCAAGGCUGCGCACGAUACCGAGGAUAUGAACCAGACCAGCAAAGCUUAG